AUGCGCUGUAGGCGGGGCGGCGGUCUGCCAUUGGCCAGCAAGGCUCCGUUCCGACACGCUAGUGAUGCAUCGCUCGAUUAUAACGUUACAACGGUUUUCGAUCGUUACUCGAGUUGUUUUACGAUUGCGGAGGCGGGGGGCGAGGGGGUUAUUUCGGUGUCUCUAGCGGUGUCCCUUGAAUCUCUGGUGGAGAACUGCCACAAGCUGCUAGAAAAGUUCCAUUACUCGUGGGAGAUGAUGCCGCUGGUGCUGGUCAUCCUCAACUACGCGGGCAGCGACCUCGACGAGGCGUCGCGGAAGAUCGACGAAGUAUUUUCUGUCUACGGUGCGCCCGCUACGCGUUUCACCGCCCACGCUUUGUCCGCAGGAAAGCUGAUCGUGAACGAGUACGCGAGGAAGCACAAUCUGAACGUAUUCGACGGCCUCGAGCUGCGGAACUCGACACGCCAGUACGGACUU